AGGGAUGACGAGAAGACAAUGGGAGAUACGAGGGAGUGGAGACAAGGGGAUACAAAUGACAAGUGGCAGCAGCAGCAGCAGCAGCAGCAGCAGCAGCAGAAGCAGCAGCAGCAGCAGCAGCAGCAGCAGCAGCAGCAGCAGCAGCAGCAGCAGCAGCAGCAGCAGCAGCAGCAGCAGCAGCAGCAGCAGCAGCAGCAGCAGCAGCAGCAGCAGCAGCAGCAGCAGCAGCAGCAGCAGCAGCAGCAGCAGCAGCAGCAGCAGCAGCAGCAGCAGCAGCAGCAGCAGCAGCAGCAGCAGCAGCAGCAGCAGCAGCAGCAGCAGCAGCAGCAGCAGCAGCAGCAGCAGCAGCAGCAGCAGCAGCAGCAGCAGCAGCAGCAGCAGCAGCAGCAGCAGCAGCAGCAGCAGCAGCAGAAAACAGCAGCAGCAGCAGCAGUACCUGCAGCGUCUGUUCCAUCUGCUGCAACUGCAUGUGCAGGCGAGCCACCAGCCUCUCCUUCGCCUCCUCUGGCUCCUCCAACACAGACGCAGAUACAGAUGCAGCCGCAGCCGCAGCCGCGGAUGCUGAUGCAGAAGCCAGCACAGGAG